CUCUUGUUUCCAUUGCAUAAGCUCUCAGUCUCACCCAAAUUGUUUCCACUGCUUGACCAGAACAAUCAGAUUUCCAUUGCGAAGAUCUGUCUCUCCUGCAAACUAUAACUAAGCUAAUUGUUUUGAGUUUCUUCCUUCUCUUUCCCCGAAGGCAAAUUAAGAGUCAAAGCAAAACUGAAAUAAUCUCCUCUCUUCUUUACAAACUUUGUGACUCUCCUUUGCUCUUCCCCUCUGAUCAGCUUGAAGCAUUAAGGAAAUUAAGCUCUACUUUGAUGAAGUCUCGCCAGAUUGUUUCCAUUGCAUGACCAAGACAAUCAGAUUUCCACUGCUUAGAUCCUUCUCUUCUGCAAACUGUCACCAUCCUUAUUGCUGUGUAUCUCCCUUUCUCUCCCUAGGCCAAAUUGAGAUUUUGCAGAAUCAAAGCUCAACUGAAAGAGCCUUAUCCUCUCUACAACCUUUGUAACUCUCCUCCCCUCUUUCCCUCAGCUUGAAGCAUUGAAAAGAAAUUAAAACUUAUAUAUUUUGGAAGAGAACUUGUCGUUUUGAUCCAAUGGAUGUCGCAACUAAUCUUGGAGGUGCUCUAUUGUCUUCUACAUUUAGCUGGCUACUUUCGAAAUUGGAUUCUAAUGAUCUCAGUGAAUUAUUGAAUUCACAAAAGUAUGUACGUAAAGAGGUGGCAAAGUGGAGAACUCUUUUACCCAAAAUACAUGCUAUACUUGAAGAUGCAGAACAGAAGCAAGCAACAAACAAGUUGGUGAAGUUAUUUCUUAGCGGUCUCAGGGACUUGGCUCUUGACAUGGAAGAUAUCCUUGACGAACUGGAGCUCGAUGCCAAGCGCAAACUGAUUGCAAGUCCUAAAGCCAGCACCAGCAUCACACAAAAACUCACACCGAAGUGGGUUAAAGAUCGAGAGAUUGCUUCCCAGAUAAAGAACAUAACUGCUAGACUGCAACAUUUUGAAGGCGAGAUAAGGACUUUGGACUUGAUUAAGUUGGCUGUGAAUGUUGAAGCAAGUUCUAGUCAAGCUGUUGCAGAUAGAUCACUCGAUGCUGCCAUGCCCGAAUCUCAUAUUGUUGGUCGAGAAAGUGAUAAAGAGAAAAUCUUUCAGAUGUUUGAUGACGAAGGCAAUCAUGAAGGAUACUCUGUUAUUCCUAUUAUCGGAAUGGGGGGUCUAGGCAAGACCACUCUGGCAGGCCUCGUUUAUGAUGAUGAUGGAAAAUUGAAGGACUAUGGGUUUGAAUUGAAGGCUUGGGUUUGUGUUUCUGAUGUAUUUGAUGUUGACCAAAUUACAAGGGUCAUUCUACGGAAAAUAACUGGGAAAAAGUAUGAUGUAGAAGAUCUUUUUUCACUACAACAGGAUCUGAAGAAAGAACUCUCUGGGAAGAAGUUCUUACUUGUACUGGAUGACAUUUGGAAUGAGAAGUAUCGAGAGUGGGAUGUACUACAAAGACCUUUCUCACAAGGAGCACCUGGAAGUAAAAUCAUCGUAACAACUCGAAGCAUGGUUGUUGCAAAAACCAUGAGAGCAGAUGAUAAAGUCUACAAUUUAGAUCUUCUUCCAGAGGAUGAAUGUUUGUCAUUAUUUGCUAGACAUGCAUUAGACAAGGACAAUUUUGAUUCUCACCCAGAACUAGAAGGAGUUGGCAGGGAAAUUGUAGAAAAAUGUAAAGGAUUGCCUUUAGCUGUGAAAGUCCUUGGUGGCCUCUUGCGUGGUAAACCGUAUCAUCAGGAGUGGGAAGAUCUGUUAAACCGUGACUUGUGCAAUCUACCCGAGGGCCAAAGUGGCAUUUCUGCAGUUCUGAAAUUGAGCUACAACCGUCUUCCUCCUCACUUGAAGGCAUGCUUCAGCUUUUGUGCAAUAUUUCCUAAGGACUAUGAAUUUGACAAAAAUGAGUUAGUUUUGUUAUGGAUGGCACAAGGUUUUUUGCAACAACCGUCACAGGGAAUGCAGCAAAUGCAUGAUCGUGGCCAUCAAUGUUUUAAUGAUUUAUUAUCAAGAUCAAUUUUUCAACCAUCAAUCAGAGAUAGAUCACAGUUUAUGAUGCAUGAUUUCAUAAGUGAUUUAGCUCAAGAAGUUGCUGGAGAAAUAUGCUGCAGUCUUGAUCAACUGAGCUUGGGUGAUAAUAAGGCUCGCCAUUUGUCAUUUACUCCUUUCCAAUAUAAUGUAUUGAAAAGAUUUGAAGUCUUGAAUAAAAAGAAAACUCUGCGGACACUCCUUCGGUUGAAAGGUUACAAAUAUCACUACAUGGCGAAAGAAGUUGUAGUUGGUAUAUUGCCACAAUUGAUGUGCUUAAGGGUGUUAUCUCUUGGUGGGGUACAGGAGCAACCAAAUUCAAUCGGAUCUCUUGGUGGGGUACAGGAGCUACCAAAUUCAAUCGGAGAUUUGAAGCAUCUACGAUACAUUGACCUGUCUUAUUCAUCAAUUCAAAGUUUGCCUGAGUCAGUGGGUUCCUUGCUUUUCUUACAAACAUUGAUAUUGCAUGACUGUAGAGGGCUUGCCAGGUUACCUGCAACAAUUGGGAAUCUAAUUGACCUCCAUUAUCUCGACAUUACUGAUACGCCGUCUCUAACCGAGAUUCCGUUGGAGGUAGCUAAAUUGAAAAGUCUUGUGUUACUGCCCAAGUUUAUUCUGGGGAAAGCUGAUUCUGGAUUAAGAUUGAAAGACUUGAAGAACUUGACAGGCCUUCAAGGUCGACUUUCCAUUUCAAAUCUCCAUAAUCUUUUAGAUAUCGAAGAUGCCAAGGAUGUCAAGCUGUACAACAUGAAAUUGGAUGAUUUAUCCUUGGAGUGGGCUUCUGUUUGUUCUGAUUCCCAGAGUAAAGUGAAAGACUUCCAAGUCCUUGAAUGCUUAAAACCUGGUCAAAGAUUGAAAAGGUUUACGAUCAAUUGCUACGGUGGGGAAGAAUUCCCAUCCUGCAUAGGUGAUCCAUCCUAUUCCCAGUUAAAGUUCUUGGAGCUUCGUGAUUGUCAAAAUUGUACAUCAUUACCAUCACUUGGGCAAUUACCCCAGCUCAAAGAAUUGAUUAUUAAAGGAAGCAAGGCUGCAACGCUGACUAGGGAUGGUGACAAAUUUUCCUCCAGUAAUUGUUUUUUAUCAUUAGAGAAGCUGGUGUUGGAGGACUGUUGCUUGUUGGGAAAAUUACCAAAAGAACUUCCAUCUCUUAAAGAGCUUUUGAUUGUAAGAUGCCAACAGUUAACGUACUCACCGGUGAGUCUUCCCUCACUUAAACAUUUGUCUAUAAGAGAAUGUAGCGAGGUAGUUUUGAGGAGUAUGGUUGAUCUCACUUCCCUUACCUACUUGGGAAUUGUCAAAAUUUCGAGUCUGGGCUUUUUGCCUAAGAAGUUUUUAGAGUCAAUGGUAGCACUUGAAGGUAUGUGGAUCGAUAGUUGUGAGGAACUUACUUGUUUGUGGGAGGAAGGAGCAAAUAUUGCAAACCUUGCACAUCUUAGGCGGUUGUCAAUCGGUUGGUGUCCUCUGCUUACGUCAGUGACAGUGGAACUCAAAAGCCUCGUACAAUUAUCUAUUUGGAGUUGUCCUAAUUUCAAAUUGUUUCUAAGUGGUCAAUUGCCCGCCACACUUAAAAAUUUGAAAAUUGAGUGGUGUGAAAAUCUAGAAUCUCUACCGGAGGGAUUGAUGGAUGAUGGUAAUGGAGAUAACAUGCUGCAGCUUGAAGAAUUAUCUCUAUGGAGGAUUGCAACUCGGAAUUUAUUUCCAAGCGGCUUGCUUCCUUUGGAUCACAUGUCUAGCCUCAGCACUCUCACUUAUUUAACAAUAUAUCAUGUUGAAGGUUUGGAGUCGUUCCCAGAAAGUGGUCUGGGCAUGCCUAAUCUUAAAUCUCUGAGUAUUUUUUAUUGUAAGAAUCUCAGGUCCCUGCCCAAUAGAAUGCACAACCUUACAUCUCUCCAAUCAUUAAGUAUAUUGUCGUGCCAAAGGAUCGAGUCCAUUCCAGAAGGUGGUUUGCCCACAAGCCUAACAUUCCUUAACAUUGGUUGUGAGAAUUUGAAACAGCCAAUCAAAGAAUGGGGGCUCCACAGGCUUACCUCUCUUGAAAGCUUCCACAUAGGUUGGAUAUGCCCUCCAGGUGAUUUGCUUCCUACUUCUCUAAUCUAUUUUGGGAUAUAUCAUCUAAAAAAUAUGAAAUCGCUAUCUAGAGAGCUCUUCCAAAGCCUCAGCUCUCUUCAACAACUCUUCAUUCGUGACUGUUCGGAGCUCCAGUUCUUACCGAAGGAAGGUCUGCCUUCCUCGCUUGGGCGUCUCCAGAUCCACAACUGUCCACGGCUAGCACAACGGUUAAAGGAGAAGCAAGAAUAUCGGCGCCUCAUAGCCCACAUCCCCUGUGUCGAGAUAGAUUGAAAUUGGGUGGUCGAGCAAUAGCAGAAGCACACAGAUUUGCAAAUCAAACUCUCUCUCAAUCACGCCUUUUGUGCUUUGUGGUAGAUAGACAUCCCUUCAAAUUUAUAAACUAUUGAAGUUAUAUAAGAGGAGGAAUAUGUAGCUGCAAGGAUGAUGUAUGUUUCUAUCUUUUAUUUUGAAGAAAUUGUUUUUUUUAAUUAAAUUUAAAAUAUAUAGAAUAGAUAAAGAUAAUGAUGAGCUUGUAAUCUGAUUCUCUCAAGCUCUAGCAUGCCGUGUUGUGAGAGUUUCAAGUUGGAAGGAGGACUCAUACCGCAUUUCUAUUAGCAAGUUUCUUUAAGCAAGGCUGAGUUAUAUAAAAUGCUAAUACAGAUUUGACUGUUUG